CCACCAUCCAAAAUCGCAACCAUGUUAUCAUGCUCGCGCUUCUUGCGCAGUGCUACUUGCAGAGCUUUUGUAACUCGCUCAAGUUGCAGAAUCCAGGUCUGCUCGCUCAACAGGGAGAAUUGGUAUGUUGAUUUUGUGGGGCUGAUUAUGGGGGAGCUUCAAAUGUCAGCAAAACUAAAUCUUCGAAGCAGUAUAUUUACGGGGUCAUCAUUAUUAAAUCACAGAUUUUUACGGAACAGAGCAGCUUCUAAUCAUGUCAAUAGACUGAAUCAAAGAUUACACUUUUCUCAAAGAUUACAAUUUUCAAGGACAGUUGCAGUGAAUGGAAAAUCUGUUUCAGAAUCAUAUAAUAAUGGUAGAAAAAGCUCAGGAGAUGAUUUUAUUACUAAGGUUCUAUCUGAGAACCCAAGCCAGGUAGAGCGCAAAAUCUUAGUUGGGAAAAACCUUUAUACUCUAAGAGAAUGGGAGCAGUUGAAGUCAAGAAACAGAACCCUUCAACUAGCAAAGGAGUUAUUUGAGAAGUUGGGAUCCAAGUUGAAAUUAGAUAGUCAUGAACACAUUGUAAAUGAGGAAAGAAAGGCCGGGCUUGAUGAGAGAGAAAGUACAGCCAAGCCAGUUAAUCUUCAAGACAUCCUUAGAGAGUUUAAAGGUGAACUCUAUGUCCCUGAAGAAGCAUUGAAGCAACGACUAUCAGAAGAGGAGGAGUUUGAUAGAAGCCUGGCAACGUUGCCAAUAAUGAGGCUGGAAGAUUUCCUGAAAGCCAUGAGAGGUGAUACGAUAAAGUUAUUGACUUCUAAAGGCAGUGCCAGUCUUGCUUCUAAUUAUGGGCAUUAUGAUUUCAUUGUGGAGCUGAAAGAAAUUCCUGGGGACAAGAAUCUACAGAGAACCAAGUGGGUAAUGCAUUUAAGCGACGAAGAAGCCCAAGCAGUACUAGAGGAUUACACUGGGCCUCGGUAUGAAAUUGAGAAGAGUACCAUGGCUUAUGUUGGCAAACUACCACAAUAUCCUCAUCCAGUGGCUUCUUCCAUAUCAAGCAGAAUGAUGGUUGAGCUUGGGAUGGUAACAUCAUUUAUAGCUACAGCUGCUUUUGUGAUUGGAGGAUUCUUUGCAUCUGCAGUCUUUGCUGUUACUAGUUUUGUCUUUGUUGUCGUUUCAUAUGUUGUUCGGCCUCUGGUAUUGCCUAUUAUUAAACUCAGCCUUAGUCUUAUCUCCAGUGUUGUGGAGGUAAUAUGGGAUAAGAUCAUUGAUAUCUUCGGUGAUGGAGGGGUUUUCUCAAAGAUUUAUGAAAUUUACACUUUUGGUGGUGUGUCUGCCAGUCUUGAGGUUUUGAAAACCAUUUUGAUGGUGUUGUUGACAAUGGUUCUUCUCGUUCGUUUCACUAUUUCAAGGAGACCGAAGAACUUUAGGAAAUGGGAUAUAUGGCAAGGCAUUGAAUUUGGCCAGUCCAAGCCACAGGCUCGAGUUGAUGGAUCAACCGGAGUCACAUUUAAUGAUGUGGCAGGGAUUGAAGAAGCAGUGGAAGAGUUGCAAGAGUUGGUGAGAUAUUUGAAGAAUCCUGAGUUGUUUGAUAAAUUGGGUAUAAGACCUCCUCAUGGUGUGCUAUUGGAGGGGCCUCCUGGUUGUGGAAAGACUUUGGUGGCAAAGGCCAUAGCUGGUGAGGCCGGUGUACCAUUCUAUCAGAUGGCAGGAUCCGAAUUUGUUGAAGUCCUUGUUGGUGUGGGUUCUGCUCGUAUCCGUGAUCUGUUUAUGAGAGCAAAGGUCAACAAACCUGCUGUUAUUUUUAUUGAUGAAAUUGAUGCGUUGGCAACUAGGCGCCAAGGGAUUUUUCGUGAAUCCACUAAUUACCUUUAUAAUGCUGCUACACAAGAGAGGGAGACUACAUUGAAUCAACUCUUGAUAGAGCUCGAUGGGUUUGAUACUGGCAAAGGUGUAAUAUUCCUAGGUGCAACCAACCGCAGAGAUUUAUUAGAUCCAGCACUUCUACGACCAGGCCGUUUUGAUCGAAAGAUUAGAAUUCGUCCUCCAGCGGCUAAAGGGAGAUUGGAUAUUUUGAAAGUUCAUGCACGCAAAGUUAAAAUGUCACCCUCAGUUGACCUGUCGAGCUAUGCACAAAAUUUACCCGGAUGGACCGGUGCAAAAUUGGCUCAGCUAAUGCAAGAGGCUGCUCUGAUGGCAGUCAGAAAUGGCCAUAAAGCAAUCUUUCAGUCUGACAUGGACGAUGCAGUUGAUAGACUCACUGUGGGCCCGAAACGUGUAGGAAUAGAAUUGGAUCAUCAAGGACAAUGCCGGAGAGCUACUACUGAAGUGGGAACUGCAUUGACAUCUCAUUUGCUUAGACGCCUUGAGAAUGCAAAAGUCGAAUUUUGUGAACGUAUUUCGAUUAUUCCUCGUGGCCAGACAUACUCUCAAAUUGUUUUUCAUCGUCUUGAUGAUGAAGCCUACAUGUUUGAGCGGCGUCCACAGCUUCUUCAUCGUCUUCAGGUACUCCUUGGAGGGAGGGCUGCUGAAGAGGUUAUUUAUGGACGUGAUACAUCAACAGCAUCUUUAAGUUAUCUUCAAGAUGCAUCUUGGCUUGCUCGUAAAAUUAUAUCCGCAUGGAACUUGGAGAAAUCUAUGACAAUUCAUGGAGAGCCAGUUCCAUGGAAGAAGAGUCCUAGCUUUAUUGGUCCUCGAUUGGACUUUGAAGGAUCUCUGUACGAUGACUAUGGCCUUUUUGAACCUCCUCUUGGCUAUAAAUUGGAAGAUAAGGUUGCUACUAGAAGUGAAGAUUUGUUGCGAGACAUGUAUCAAAAAACAGUUUCUUUAAUAAAGAAGCAUCAUGCAGCUUUAGUCAAAACCGUGCAAGUUCUUCUAAGUGAAAAGGAAAUUAGCGGAAACCACAUCGAGUUCAUAUUGAAUAAUUACCCUGCUGAUACUCCAGUCGAUUUAGUUCUUAAGGAGGAAAAUCCGGGAAGGCUGGUACAGGUUUGAAGGACGGGAAGAGGCUUGAUGUCACAAUGGCAUCCCCACAGCCCCAUUUGUAGCUGACGUCAUCAUAACAUGAAAGGCCCCUUAAGAGUGUCUUCAUUUGUCUUUUGUCAUUUUAUUCAAUUAAGCCCCAUAUAGUUUUAAACGAGUAAUUGUUUUGUAUUUUAAAUGAUUUAAUUAAUCACACGUCAUUUUGGCAUGCACAUGAUCUUAUUCACAUGGGCCUAGGGUUUUGGGCAUGCCGUGUUAUUUUGGCCUAAAGCCUUAUUAUGAGAGUAAAAAUUUAAAGUAGUUUUUUGUGUGGCA